AAAUAUAAAUGUCAUUCAGUAGACAACGCAAAGAAAAAUUUCUGCAAAUCACUUAAAACAUAAAUUUGUUUGAAUUAAUUUGAAAAUCAACUUAAUUUUGUGUAAUCAUGCAUAAAAUUCAAUCUUUUCCUGAAUACCAAGUGCCCGGUGCACAACAUCAAGAUUUUUCUCCAUAUGAAUCAAACGGAGGAUCUAUUGUGGCAAUUGCCGGUGAGGACUACGUUGUGAUUGCGGCUGACACCCGUUUGAGUAGUGGUUACACAAUCCACACUAGAAAACAAAAUAAGCUUUUCCAACUAUCGGAAAAAACUGUGCUCGGUUCAACUGGUUGUUGGUGUGACACACUGGCCCUUACCAGUUUGGUGAAUGCACGGAUGCAAAUGUAUGAGCAUCUGCAUUUGAAGACAAUGUCAACAGAGGCAGUCGCACAGAUGUUAUCAAUUCUUAUGUAUAACCGACGGUUUUUCCCAUACUACGUUUCGAAUGUUUUGGCUGGUCUUGAUUCUGAAGGAAAAGGUGUUGUUUAUUCUUACGAUCCCAUUGGUCAUUGUGAACGUACCACAUAUCGUGCUGGUGGUUCUGCUGGUACUCUACUCCAGCCCGUUUUGGAUAAUCAAAUCGGUGGAAAAGAUAAAGAUGUGAAGAACAAGCCAAAAGUGCCAUUGGAAAAGGCCAAGGAAGUUGCUAAGGAUGCUUUCAUUUCAGCAGCAGAACGUGAUAUCUACACUGGAGAUUCAGUAAUCUUGAAAGUAAUUACAAAAGAUGGCAUCACGGAGGAAGAGGUGCAAUUGCGCAAGGAUUAAAUUGUAAACCUAAUUAUACUUAUUUUUCAAAAAAACCUUUUAAUAAAUAUCUGAUUUUGAUUAGAAAU